UUUGUAAUCACAACAUGAUCUCGUGUGCUGAGCAGCGAAGCCGGCAGGGAGAGGCCAGCAGAGGCCCGGCUCCGGUGGCUCCAGCUUCCCUCCUGCUCUGGUUCCCCCGGGGCUGUUCUGGAAUUCUCUUGGUGCUUGCUGUUGCCAUGCACUCAGCUGGGCCUCACGGAGCCCAGUCCCUGAUGAGCAAACAGGAAGAGAAGGAUGCAGAGCUGGAUCGCAGGAUAGUUGCCCUGCGCAAGAAGAACCAGGCCUUACUACGUAGGUACCAGGCCUGUCAACGUCUGUGUCUCUGUCCAUCUGGGGGCCGUGGCCUGUGCUGACCCCCGGCCCUCCCACAGGAGAUCCAGGAAGACCGUCGGCAGGCGGAACAGGGGGGUAUGGCUGUGACCACGCCAGGGCUCCUCCGACCUGAUGGCCUCACCAUCACCAUCAGCCAGAUUCCUGGUGAGAAGCGGGUGGUCAGCAGAAAUUGGGCAAGGAGCCCCCUCAAACCUGGAGUGGCCCAUGAGAUGCUUGAGGAUGAAGAUGAUGAGAACCAAACAGGUACUUUCUGUUUGGGGGAACGAGUGGAGCUGGCUGUGACCAUGGAAAAUAAAGCCAAGGCUAAACGGAUCGUAAGUGAAAAGCCUGCCAGAGCAAGGAACCAGGGGACAGAUCAGCCACUUGGAGGGGUCCGGGGCCAGAGCCCCUCCAUGCAGAUAGCGUCCAGCUCAGAUUCUUCACGGAAGGAUGUUCGAGAACCCCAGAGUCCCAGCACGGUCCCAGGCCCAGCUCCCAGAAGGCCAGUUGGGGAACCCUCAGAGGUGGGCUGGGACUAUGCACAGUGGAAGCAGGAGCGGGAGCAGAUUGACCUGGCGCGCCUUGUCCGGCACAGAGAUGCACAGGGUGACUGGCGCCGCCCGUGGGACCUGGACAAGACCAAGCCCACGCUACAGGACUGCAGCAAGCCUAGGGAAGAGGGCUCGGCCAGGGCGGGAGGCAGAAGGGGACCCAGGACCCACUGGAAGAUACAGCCCCCAUCAUUGCCCCCUGAUGGAAAAGGUUGGGGUGGACAACCUGGCAGACCCUCAGGGGCGAUAGCCACGGGCAGCAAAGCCCGAGGAACAGAAAGGCUGACUGGCAGAGCCCGAAGGUGGGACAUGAAGGAAGAUAAAGAGGAGCUGCAGAGUCAUGAGGGAGGCCAGAGCCCCAGAAAGACGUCAAGUGCAGAGGAGGAACAUGAACAGAAGCAGAGCGAGACAGAGCCAGGCAGACUAGAGAGAACUCUUGCAACUAGUCCAACCCUGCCAUCCCCAGAGGGGCCACAAGGGGAGUCAGGAGUCUCGACAGCCAGUUCAGUCCCUUGCUCUCCGGAAGAAUCUGACUUGGCUCCCCUUGACCUCUCUCUAGGAGGAGCCAGCAGUCCUAGGCCUGGAGAGAGCACUUGUGUGCUCAGUCCAGGGCCUGGAGCCCAGGAGAGCUCUGUGUCCUGGCCGGAUGGUUCUGAGCAGCAGCCCCUGGGGUGGAAUGACCACCAGUCUGGGCUAGAAGUCCAGACUUGCUCUGAGUCACAGAAAGGAGCAGGGGUUUUAGAGCCCAGAGAGGACAAGCCUAGCAAGACUGGUGCCCAGCAGAGACUGGUACCAAGGAACAGGCCUCCUAGGGGAACCAGCCAAAGGGGGAGAGGUUCAGGUGUGAGGAGCAGGACAGGAGGUCCUGGCCCUUCAGGAAGAUGCUGAGCAAAGUUUAUGAGAGAUGGGGAGCCAGGUUGGGGAGAAAAGAAGGGAAGAACUCAGUUGAGAGUCUUCUGCAUCAUGGGCAUCUAAUUGCCAGUGAGCUUGUGCCAGUCUGACUCAGCAGUGUGGCAAACUCUGUGGCAGAGCCACCUUGUGAAGGCAAGGAGUUGCCUCCUUCCCUGCACCUCAUGUGGACAUCUCUGUGCACACGAGUUUUCGCGUGCAGGCACAACCCCUGGUGUAUUCCCAAGCUGGUGCCUGGUGUCCAAGGCUGGUACCACUGACCUGGGCCUACUGCUGCCCAAGCCACAGCCUUUCCUACCUUGGCAAUAGAGUAAAGCUUAAUAGCACCCAGUGCCUGACUCUCCUAUUCCCCAUGAUCCCUUAGGGCCUGGCUGUUCUCUCCAGCUGCAGGCUUUUGUCUCCUCAGGUCCAGGUAUCCUCAAAGCUGCCAUGGCCAACUCAGGUUCACACCCUUUCCAUGCCCCUGCCUUUCACCCAGGUGACCCAAGCUCCAGACCCCUAGGAUGGCUAAACCAGGAGAACCUUCUGCCAGUCUUCUGCUUCUCCUGAAAAGGGGGAUGAGACCCAAAGAGAGGGAGGUCUUAUAGCUGGCAGGGAUUGGAUUGGGAAGAGAAUAGUGAAGCUCAGGGCUUCUCUGUGAAAGGAGGGUAUCUGGAAAGGCCUUCUCUCUGAGGUGGAAUGCUGGGGAAGGGACCACCUCCUGUGCCCACAGCAGUUGGGAAAGCUCACUAGUAGGCACUCCCCUCUCUCACACUCAGGUCAGACAAAUGCAUCUGGAUGGAGGCAAGGGCCUAGCCCCACAGCUUGGGUCCUUUCUUGCCUUCUCUUCCUUUUUCUCUUCCCCUGCACCUCUCCACACCAAGGACAUAGACUCAGACAUACAGAGACUUGAAAGAUGGAAGAACAGGAUUCCAGCUAAGUACGGACAUUAGGACUUGUCUUUCUGAUUUAAUCUCUAUUCCUGCCCCUCCCUUGAAGCCCACGUCUGGUGAAUUAUCCAGGCUCUGCACAAGCUGUGGCUUCCUUUCAAUUCAGUGAACAUUUCCUGAGCACCCUCUACCAGUAAUCUACCCGGUGGGCGACCGUGACUGCCAGCAAGAGGGAGGGAAGAAACUCAGUCAUCCGGCAGCUCUAGGCUGAACAGCAGGAGCUGUUCUUGGCUGCAGGUGCCUGACAGUGCUGGGGACAGAAUGGUGGUAGGAGCUCAAAGGGAACCAUCCCAUCUAUGCUUGGCAGAGGCAGGUGUUCCUCUCUUUUUAUGUGAUGCGUGCCAUUUACUCUCGAGUUCAUGCCUGGAUCUCACUGCAGCCCCUUCUGCUUCCUUCCUCUCUGAUCCUACAUAGUUAUUCCUCUCUGGAGAGUUGAGGGCCUCUCAUGUCCCUCUGAGGCUCUAAGGAGACUACUGAUCAUACCCAGGAUGUCUCCGACAUUAUAUGUGAGGCCUGAACUGAGGGUCCCAGCUUGGGCUUCUUCACUAGUUCUUGGCUCCACUCCCAGCCCAUCUAUUCAAGAAGGGGUAUCUUUUCCUGUUUAAAAACUCUUCUCACACUCUCAUGUGAAUAGUUCUAGGUCUGGGGAGGACCUGAGAGCUUGCACGUUUAAUAGGCCCCAGGUGAGGCCUCUGCUGUUGGCUUCUGGACCACACCUUUUGAGUGGUAAAGAUCUGGACUAGAAUAUGUUGAGGACUGGGGGCCAAAGCUACCUCUAGAUUCUAAGGAUGUGUUACUGGCUUUGAAGGGAUUGGGGAAGUGCUACCCCUAUCAGGUGGAGGGGGCUUCCUGGCUUCAGAGUAGGAUGGGAAGCACAGGCUCCUAGGAAGAUGCUUUAGAGGGCAGUAAGUGUCAAAUCCCUGAAGUACACUGAGAAGAAGCUGGUCAGGAAUGUGAUGGGGUGAAGCGGGUGGAAAGGAUUGGUGUGGGGUUGAUCAAUGGAAAUUUGAAAGGCUUGGAAACAUUCCUAUGCAUGUGGGAUAUACCUACACCAGGGUGAAGACUCCAAACUCAAGUUUUCCUCUUGCUUUCCUAGUCACAAGUAUAUGAGUUUGGAGUGUGGCAUAAGUCCUGGAGCCCAUGACUCCCAGAGGAUGGGACUGGGGUAGAGCAGGUUUAGACAGAGCCCUUGAAUCCAGAUGUUUCUGAAAACUAUUGCAGUUAAGAAUUUGAUUUCAGGGACUGGGGUUGUGCCUCAGUGGUAGAGCACUUGCCUAGCAUGUGUGAGGCACUGGGUUUGAUUCUCAGCACCACAUAUAAAUAAAAUAAAGGUUCGUUGACAACUAAAAAAAUUUUAAAAA